UCCUGUCAGUUGGGUGGAGGCACCAGGCCAUCUCAGAAGGCCCACAGCUUGCCAAAGGGGCUGGAGCUGUCUCACGGGGCUGCAGCCUGCAGAACCAUGGGGACAGGGCUACGCAGCCAGUCCUUGCGAGGACCACGGCCCUCCUACGGCAAGCUCCAGGAGCCCUGGGGGACGCUCCCGGGAGGCCGACCACGGCGGGCGCUGAGCCUCAGGCAGGGCCGUGAGAGGUCCAGGUCCCCAGAUGGAGGCCCGGAAAGGCUGGACACCCCCGGUCAGGAGCGGCUGCCAGGGGGUCUGGGGGACACGGAGCAGCUGAUUGAAGCUCAGCAAGAAGGCAGCCAGCGGUGGCUGAAGCAGUAUCAGCAGAUAAAGAGGAGGUGGGCGAGCUUUGUCACCAGCUUUCCCAGCGUGACCCUGAGCCGGGCAGCCUCCCCACCGCCCAUGCUGGGCACCACUGGCUAAGGAUGCUAGAAGCGGUGGGGGCCCUGGUUUGCUGCGCCCGGACGAGAGGGCCGUGCCUGCUGACCUACCUCUUGGCGCCCUCUGGACGGUGGAUGGGGCGCCCUCCUCCACGUGGAUGACGCCGGCCUUCCUUAGUCAAGGCCUCUGCCACCAGAACAGAGUUCAGUGAAGCCAGACCCGUGGCUGAGAGGCUCUGGCACCUUACCUGGUUCCUGGGCCAGCCCCGCUCCCUUCUCGCCAGUUGUACUGGUGGGCGGGGCGGGGGGCCUCCCUCCUGGACCGUGAGCCCAUCCCAGGGGCAAGGACCACCUCCAGGCAGUCCUCACGCCGCGCUCUGUGGCUGAAAGCCCCGACUGUAUUGUCGCUUGGAUCGUCAGAGUUCCCCGGUGAAGGAAGCGGAAACUGAGGCUGGGGCGGGGGCGGGGGGGGGUCACUGUCUUCGGAGUCUCUGGCCCCACCCACACCCCUACCCAACACUGUGUUGAACUCAGUCAUAAAGUUUGCUGAGCCGAAGUUAAUGACUUUCCUACUGACCAACCCACCCCCAGCCCUCUGCCCACCCCUGUGGGGGCAGGUGGGGCCCGGCGCUUCCCGGAGAAUAGGAAGAAGCACGGGGGGGGGGGGGUCCCCUCUGGUCCCCAGGAGGCUGGACCUCUCCUGCCACUUCUCUUGAGCUUAUAUUUUCUGUGCUGACCUCAAAGUCAGCUUCGGAGGGCCUGGCUGUCCCCUCCUUGCCUUUGUGCUCACCCGGGUGAGGCAAGGCUCACCUGGAGGGUCAGAGAGGGUGAGGGGCCCACCCAGAACCGCCCAGAGGGGAGGGUCUGACCGCAAAGAGCCUGAGCUCUUUGAGAGACACAGGAAUUCCUUGUGGGGUCCCUGGGGCUCUCCUGGCUCAAGCAGGUGCAAGGUCAAAGGUGAGGGAGCAGCUGAAGCAUCCUGGUACCGGGGCUGCUCUGGGAUGGUGGUGAGGCCUGAGGGCCCAACAGAAGAGGGGAGGCUCCGUGUCCCCAGAGCCCAGGAUCCUGGGAGCACCAUCCAGGAACAGGAAGGGUCCUGGGAAAAUUUUACCCCAGACUGGCUCGGCACCUCCUCUGGGAGCUGCCCAGAAGCUUCCAUUCUAAUUAGUUACAAUCUUUAUUUUUAUUGACCAUGCCCACAGCAUGUGGAAGUUUCUGAGCCAGGGAUCGAACCUGCACCACGGUUAUGACCUGUGCUACAGCUGUGGCAACACGGGAUCCGUAACCCACCGUGCCACAAGGGACAGUCCAGUCACAACCUUUAGAUGCCCCCUGCCCAGCGCCCUUCUGUCGUAACUCCUGCAGGAGCCCCUGGGGUGACUCUGGGAGUUGCUGGAACUCCAGGGAACGUAGUUUGGGUUGAUCGCUCCGAUAAAGCCUCUUGCUGUGCCCAGGAGGGAACUGUGGCCA